AUGCUCAGGACCAGUCUUCGCCCUGCCCUUUGUCUUGUCUGCCGAACCAGCUAUCGAUUCCCUACAAGCAGCGUCAGCGUCUGGCCCCCGCCCGCUGCAUCAUCCGCCGGCUUUCAUAUAUCUUCUCCUGGCCUUGGCCAUCGAGCAUUACACCAAAUCCCAGCUCUAGAUAUGGAGCGAAUUGACACAACCAGCCGCCUCUCAAGGCUCAGAGAGCUGAUGAAGGAGCGCAAGGUCGACGUUUACGUCAUCCCCUCUGAAGACUCCCAUGCCUCCGAAUACAUCGCUGGCUGCGAUGCUCGCCGGGAAUUUAUCUCUGGUUUCAGUGGCUCUGCCGGCUGCGCUGUCGUAACCUUGGACAAGGCUGCGCUGGCUACCGACGGAAGAUACUUCAACCAAGCUUCGAAGCAGCUUGAUCAAAACUGGUUGCUCCUGAAACAAGGUCUCCAAGAUGUUCCUACAUGGCAAGAAUGGUCUGCUGAACAGUCUACUGGUGGCAAGGUUGUCGGUGUUGACGCCAAACUCAUCACAGGCUCCGUAGCCAAGAAACUCGCUGAAAAGGUCAAGAGAUCUGGCGGUAGUGAUCUGCUGCCUUUGGAUGACAACUUGGUGGAUCUUGUGUGGGCUGCUAAUCGCCCGGCUCGCCCCAAGAACCCCGUCAAAGUGCUGCCCGAGAGGUUCAAUGGCAAGGACGUCAAGAGCAAGCUCAAGGACUUACGCCAAGAGCUGGAAAAGAAGAACUCACCUGCCUUUGUUGUGUCAAUGCUCGACGAGGUUGCCUGGCUCUUCAAUCUCCGCGGCGACGACAUUCCCUACAACCCCGUCUUCUUCUCAUAUGCAAUCAUUACUCCCGAUUCAGCAACCCUUUAUGUUGACGAUACUAAGCUUGGAAAAGAGACUCAGGAUUAUCUUGCGGAGAAUGACGUCGCUGUCAAGCCUUACGAAGCCAUCUUCGAUGCAAUUGACGCUUUACGAUCCGAGGUUAAAUCGACCGAGUCAGCAACUGGAACUACAUCUCAGAGGUUCAUGAUCUCCAACAAGGCAUCUUGGGCAUUGAAGCGCUCCCUGGGCGGAGACGGUCAAGUUGACGAGGUAAGAAGUCCUAUCGGGGACUCUAAGGCUGUCAAGAAUAAGAACGAGAUGGCUGGUAUGAGGGCUUGUCACAUUCGUGAUGGCGCUGCUUUGAUCGAGUACUUUGCUUGGCUGGAAGACCAGCUUGUGGCCAAGAAAGUGAAGUUGGACGAAGUUGAGGCAGGCGACAAACUCGAACAACUGCGUGCAAAGCAGAAAGAUUACGUUGGCUUGUCAUUUGACACCAUUUCAUCGACUGGUGCGAACGCCGCUGUGAUUCACUAUAAGCCGGAGCGAGGGGCAUGCAGCACCAUUGACCCCAAUGCCAUUUACCUGUGCGACUCUGGUGCGCAGUACCUCGACGGAACUACCGACACAACAAGGACUUUGCACUUCGGACAACCUACGGAAGCGGAGAAGCUCGCCUACACCUUGGUGCUUAAGGGGAACAUUGCGCUGGACACUGCGAUAUUUCCCAAGGGCACAACUGGCUUUGCGCUUGACUGCUUGGCUCGCCAGCACCUAUGGAGAGAGGGCCUCGACUACCGUCAUGGAACUGGCCAUGGUGUUGGGUCGUACCUCAACGUACAUGAGGGCCCUAUCGGUAUCGGCACCAGAGUCCAGUUUGCCGAAGUCGCUCUUGCACCAGGCAACGUAGUGUCUAUCGAGCCAGGAUUCUACGAGGACGGGUCAUAUGGCAUUCGGAUCGAGAAUGUCGCAAUGGUAACCGAAGUCAAGACAAAGCAUUCUUUUGGCGACAAGCCCUACUUGGGCUUCGAGCACGUCACUAUGGUCCCAUACUGCCAAAAUUUGAUUGACCCCAGUCUCUUGACAGUGGAAGAGAAAGCGUGGUUAAACAAGCACAAUGCGGAAAUCUUCCAGAAAACGAAGGAUUAUUUCCAGAAUGACCCCUUGACCCUAGCGUGGCUGACACGGGAGACGCAACCUUUCUGA